UGCGAUGGCUGUCAUUGUGUAGUAUCGCGAGAGCGAGGAAAAGGUGUUCUUUUGUGUAAGAAUCUGUGAAAAGCGAGCAACUCGGGGUCCAACUGGAACUUCCGGGCACAUUGUGGAGGUGCAGUGUGAACAUUGGGCGGAAGUGCGCUGGACAGGGAGCGAGGGCUGAACCGGACUUUGCGACGACCUGGGCAUUUCUGUGCAGUGACCAUUUGAGGACUGGAGCGGCCGUGGGCAGCAAGAAGAGGCAGUCUCACCAACACAAUCGCCGAAGGAGGCCUUCCGACAUUUUGCUGGGGCGACCGGACGUGAGUGGGGCGGUUGAAUGGCGUGCGCCACCCUGAAACGCUCCCUCGACUGGGAGUCCAUCAAUCAGCGCCCGUCGAAGAGGCGCCGCUGCAGCCCGUACGGGGCGAAUUCUAGUGCCACAGCGAGUCCCAGCGUGCGUGACGCCGCGUGCGGGUGUGCUACGGAGCCAUCAUCGUCCCCCUUCGCCAAGACACCUUCGUACCCUAUUCUUACGCCGGAGAAGAUGGCCCAGACGGUGCACGAUGAGAUCAAGAGACUCCACAGGACGAAGCAGCUGAGCGCCGUGGCCAUUGAACGGAUGCAAGACUCAGAGUCGAGUGGCUCGGAGAUGGGAAACGACAGCCCGCGGCGUCCGGACACGCCGCCAACCAUGAAGAAUCCGGACAAGGCUCUCUUCACAUUCAAGCAAGUACAACUGAUAUGUGGGCGGAUGCUGAAGGAGCAGGAGGAGAAGCUGCGCGAGCAGUACGAUCUCAUCUUGACAUCCAAGCUCGCUGAGCAGUACGAUGUCUUCGUCAAGUUCACGUACGACCAGAUACAGAGGCGCUACGAGGCGGCUCCCAGCUACCUCUCCUAAGGCCAUCCUCGCACCGCGAAGGCUGGAUUCCACUCCGGACAUCGAAGCGACACACACACACACACACACACACACUUACACACCGGAUCAGGCGGAAUGACAGACAUUUUCGUUACUUUUUCUACACACACACACACACAUUAUAUAAAUUAGAGGAUAUAGAGUUUAGCGGACGUUGGGAGGCCCUGCGCCGCCCAGGGCAAAGGAUAUCGCGUAAAUUGACACAUACUUGGUAAUUGUGCGGAGGCACACCCUCUCCGGAUGUCAGGGAGUGCGAGAAGCACCAGCUAAUGGGCGGAGGAACGAGGAGCGAUGCUCGCGCGGACUGCAGAGAUGCGAUGAUAAUGAUGAAAAUUAAUCAUUUUAGUGAGGAUAAGGAUGAUGAUGAUAGAAAUCGUUUUAAGGCCCCUUUAAGGAAUAUCGAGACAUUUUUUGAUAAUAAUCUCCACACACGAUGGACUUAUUCUUGAAUUUAUAUAAAUUAUUUUGUGCCCAUUUGCAUAUAACUUUUGUUUUCUAAUCUUAUCCAUUUGCCAUUUAUCUCUCUCCCUCUCUUUCACACUUCACAUUGAAAACACACAAUUUUUCCUCCCUUCGUUUUUUUGUAUGUGCAAAAUCGAAGGCAAAAGAGGCACGCAAGGUUCGCGCUUUUGAGAUGAAAGAAAAAAAAAUAAUAUGAAACAAUAAAUGUGUACAUUGAGAAAGUAAUAUUUUCAUACGGAACAAUUCGCCACAAUAUUUGCUCCCCAAUAGAAUAAAUGAAUAGCAGGAGAGAAGAAAAACAGUGAGAAUGAAAUAUGAAACCAAUAGAGCAGCUAAACAGAGGGAAUAAAUAAAA